AUGUCGUUUCCUCCACAAAAUUUUCAAGGUUUUGGAAAUUCUAUGAAUCAUUUGAAUUAUGCCCCUCGAGGUCCAUAUCAACCGCUUCCAGCCAAAUAUUGGCAAAACAUGAGUCAUCCGUAUUUCACGUCGUCGGUUGUUCAUGGAUAUGGUACCCCACUCACAACUGGUAUGUCUUUCACUCCUUUGAUGUCAAAUGAACCUGUAACUCUGACUUUUGUCCCGGAGACUCAACUUUCCAACCGUGAAUCCCCAAUUGAGGUGACCAAUUUAGAAAAGGCGGUUUCAAAUGCUGAGGGUACAAGAAAGCGUUCAAGUUGGACAAAGGUUGAAGACGAGGUCUUAGCGAGAAGUUUUGUCACUAUCAGUGAUGAUCCAAUAAUCGACAAUGAUAAAAAGGCGGAUGCUUUUUGGGGACGGGUUGCAAGCUACUACAAUGAGAAUCUUCGCCUGAGUUCAAACACCAGAAGUGCAAAUGUUAUACGUGGUCACAGUGAUGAAGAUAUAUUAAGGUUUGCGUACGAAAAAUAUCGAUCCGAAAACAAUGACAUUGCAUUCAAUCUCGAACAUGUGUGGAGAAUUGUCAAAGAUCGUCCAAUGUUUACUUCACAGUUCGUUGAUCACAUUGUGGCCACAAAGAAGACGAGGACCUCAGAGUCGGGAGCAAGCAACACCUCCUCCAACCAAGAUAUGAGUAUAGACCUGGAUUAUGAAGAUACUCGUCCAAUGGGACAAAACACAGCAAAAAGAAAGGGAAAAGACAAAGUAAAAUCGACCAUGGAGGAUCUGACAGUAAACUACAAUAAUAUUAUCACAAAGUUCACUGAGUACACAAGCGUGAAGAAGUCUGAAGUCGAUUUGAAACAAAAACAACUCGAAGUAGAGGAGAUUAAGGCAAAAGCUGCAUUGUCUAAAUCUGAAGCUAAGAAUCGUCGCUUGAAGUUGAAGGAGUACGAAAUAUUGAACAAAGGCACCUCGCAGAUGACAAAGGAGCAGCUUAUCAUACAUAAAUGUCUAUGUCAGGAUAUUAGGGAUGAUGUUGUACGAAGAAAAGGGUUGUCACCACUACAAAAAUGCACCGCCACGAUUAGUCAACUGGCUUACGGAGUCCCCGCCGAUCAUCUUGACGAGUACCUACGUAUGGGUGAAUCAACUGCCAUCAAGUACUUGAGAAGGUCAAAUGCUGAUGAUGUUCAAUGUCUUCUUCAAAUGCAUGAUGAGAGACAUGGCUUCCCUGACAUGUUAGAUAGAAUAUAUCCCGAGUGGGCUACUUUUGUUAAGGCUUUUCCUUGCCCGGAGGAUCCCAAGAGGAAGUUGUUUAAGGAAAGACAGGAGUCUGUAAGAAAAGAUGUUAAACGGGCAUUUGGGGUGCUCCAAUCUCGAUGGGCAAUUGUCAGAGGUCCAGCUCGUUAUUGGUAUAGGAAAAAGUUAAAACAAAUCAUGUUAGCAUGCAUUAUUUUGCAUAAUAUGAUUGUUGAGGAUGAGGGAGGUCACGUGACAAAUUGGUACAACGAUGAAGGUGACGAACCCGCACAAUCUAUCCAUGGCUCAAACCGAGGAUUUCAGGAUUAUCUUCGAACAAAUUCUGAGCUACGUGACAUUCAAUUCAUCACCAACUUCGCGCCGACUUAG